CUUGACCCCUCCCCCACCAUCCUACUUCUCUUCUUCUUCUCUCUCUCUCUCUCUUCUCUUCUCUUUCAUCCAUUCAUCACUUCCCUUCACUCUUCAUCUUCUACCAUCUCCCCCUUUUUCAAAUUUCAUCUAUCACCACAAUGGUUCCCCAGGUUGGUAUCAACGGCUUCGGUCGUAUCGGUCGUAUCGUCUUCCGUAACGCCAUCGCUGCUGGCAACGUUGACGUCGUCGCUGUCAACGACCCCUUCAUUGAGACCCACUAUGCUGCCUACAUGCUCAAGUAUGACAGCACCCACGGACAGUUCAAGGGCUCCAUUGAGCUGUUCGACGGUGGUCUGAUCGUCAACGGCAAGAAGAUCCGCUUCUACUCCGAGCGUGACCCCGCCAACAUCCCCUGGGCCGAGACCGGUGCUGCCUACGUCGUCGAGUCCACCGGUGUCUUCACCACCACCGAGAAGGCCUCUGCUCACUUGAAGGGUGGUGCCAAGAAGGUCAUCAUCUCCGCUCCCUCCGCGGACGCCCCCAUGUACGUCAUGGGUGUCAACAACAACACCUACACCAAGGAUGUCAACGUCCUCUCCAACGCCUCUUGCACCACCAACUGCCUGGCCCCCAUGGCCAAGGUGGUCAACGACAACUUCGGCCUGGUUGAGGGUCUCAUGACCACCAUCCACUCCUACACCGCCACCCAGAAGACCGUCGAUGGUCCCUCCGCUAAGGACUGGCGUGGUGGCCGCACUGCGGCCCAGAACAUCAUCCCCAGCUCCACCGGUGCCGCCAAGGCUGUCGGCAAGGUCAUCCCUUCGCUCAACGGCAAGCUGACCGGCAUGGCCAUGCGUGUGCCCACCGCCAACGUCUCCGUCGUUGACCUGACCUGCCGCACCGAGAAGCCCGUCACCUACGACCAGAUCAAGAAGACCAUGAAGGCUGCCUCCGAGGGCGAGCUCAAGGGCAUCCUCGGCUACACCGAGGACGACAUCGUCUCCUCCGAUCUCAACGGCGAUGAUAACUCCUCCAUCUUCGAUGCCAAGGCCGGUAUCGCCCUGAACGAGCACUUCAUCAAGCUCGUCUCCUGGUACGACAACGAGUGGGGAUACUCCCACCGUGUUGUUGACCUCAUCGCCUACAUUGCCGGUGUGGAUUCGCAAUAGGAAUCAGGUCGGAGCGUGGGGGCCAAGAGUCUCCUUUAAAUGACCCAAAACAACGCUUCGUGGCUGUGGGACCUGUCGCCUUCUGGACACGGGCUUGAUGGAUCGCGUCCACUAGCAUAAAAGCACAUGAUAACGUACUACUUUAAUGAAAUGAUACAUUAACGUCCAAAUACAUCAACGUCC